CAGCAUCAUCGCCUCUCUACACGACACCGACGCUGCACUUUCCACCUCCUAUACGCAUAAUACGAUAACCGACCACCCCUCCCAUCAAACUAUCGCGUCUUCUCCACCCCACGCAAACUUUCUGGCGACACAUUUCCCUUAACGGUGCCAACGCCGCAUACAGACACAAAUAACGGCGCAAACGACACAGCUGAGACAGAAUGGGUGGCUAUAUGUCCAAGUUCUCAGCUCUGAUCUGGGCGAAGAAAGAGACGCGGAUAUUGAUCUUAGGACUUGAUAAUGCGGGCAAGACGACGUUGUUGUACAGAUUGAAGAUCGGGGAAGUCGUAACGACAAUACCAACAAUAGGCUUCAACGUCGAAUCAGUAACAUACAAGAACCUUAAUUUCAAUGUUUGGGAUCUCGGCGGUCAAACAUCUAUUCGCCCGUACUGGCGCUGCUACUACGCCAACACCGCGGCCGUAAUCUUCGUAAUCGACAGUACCGACAUCGACCGUCUGACCACCGCAUCCGAAGAGCUAUCUGCCAUGCUAAACGAAGAAGAGCUGCGUGACGCUGCUCUGCUAGUAUUUGCGAACAAGCAGGAUCAGCCGGGAGCAAAGGGCGCGGGAGAGAUCAGCGAGGCAUUGCGAUUGGGCGAACUGAAGGAUCGGAAUUGGAGUAUUGUGGCGUGUAGUGCAGUCGAUGGGAGGGGUGUGGACGAAGGCAUGGAUUGGCUUGUUGCCAAUGUCAACAGUGAUAAUUAGGAGGCGUCACUGCCGAGGGAGUCUACAUAAAUAUACACUUGGGAUGGACGACGGUAUAUGAAGCAGAGGGUUAUACCAGCAUGGUGGCGUUUCGGAGUCGAGCUUGCGAAUAUGGGAGGUUUACAGGAGAAUUACGAAGGAAUUGUUUUGAACAUUCAAAGAUAAUAAUCAUGCCAUCCAGUCCUUCAAUAUGGAUGGGAUCGUUCUGCUAAACAACAUACCACCUAUCUACAUUUCCUUCGCAGGAGGGGUCCGUCCUCUAAUAGUUCUCCCACGUCCCAAUC